GAUGCUAACUACACUUCUGCUUUUACAAGCUCGCCGCCAUCUCGGUAAAAAAAGGGACUGCAGUCGCUAUUUUGGCAACAGGAACAACCUAAACACAACAAAAACAGUCUCAGCAGUGACUUGAACGACUACUAAACGUUUUAUUUGAUACGUUACUUGUGAUAUUUUAAACUGUGUUUCAUCCUCUCACGACGACGACGAAGAAGAAGAAGCUACAUUAGCUAACUGUUAGCUUGUGACGUUGUUCGCUGAAGCGGGGAUUUCACAGCCUGUUUAUGUUCUCUUCAGUCCGGAGACUGUUUAUGUUCUCUUCAGUCCGGAGACAUGUUGGACGGAACCUCAGCUCACGUCGAUGACUCCAGCAUCGGCGACGUGGAAAACAACAACCCGGUGUCGGUGGUUUCCGGCGGUGGCGAUGGGGUGAACGCGGGGAACAAAACGAGGCAGGUGAAGAAAGGAGGCAGGAAGCCGCUGCAGCGUCACCAGAAGCCCCCGAGGAACAACAACAACAACACCCUCCUGUCCGACCAUAACAACAACAACAACACCUCUCUGACCGCCUCAGCUGCUCAGCCCGGUACCGAGCUCCCUCCCGGUACACAGACGGUACGGAGCCUCCAUCACCUCAAACAGGGAAAGAAAGAGCUGCUGAAAUCCAAAGGGGGCAGAUCGGAGCGAGGGGCCAUGCAGCAAGGUGGCCAACCCACCCGCAACCUGCCCAGGCACGAUCAAAUCACCCAGAACGCGAUCGCACGGGGACACAAGCCCAAGCAGGCCCAAAGCCCCGGUGCUCCUCACUCCGCAAAGAAGAAAGACAACACCACUCCGAAUAAACCCUCAUCUAUCCACCCGCCUCCGCUCCGAGAGCAGAAAAAACCCCUGCACGCCUCCAACAACGUGAAAAUUGUGAACGAAGCGCCCGCCGAGGAUGCGCCCGAAUCCCUCAAAGACGGGGAGAAAGUCUACGCUGGAGCUAAGUUCAGUGAGCCGCCAUCACCGAGUGUCUUACCCAAACCGCCCAGCCACUGGGUCGGAGAAGACGAGCCUCAACAGAGCAACCAAAGUCGGGAGCAAAUGACUGUUCACUUGAAGUCGCUGCUCAAGGUGCAGGAUCAAUCAUGACCGACACCUGGGAAUUUAAAAAACGCCUGAUGCAAACGAUUGGAAAAUAUGCAUUCAGGUAAAUCGAGAUUGGCUUUUAACACGCUGCAAUAUAAUGUUGAGUAAGUUUUUAUCGACAGUAAUACAAUUUCCCAUCAUUCAACAUGGCUGCCUGCAUCGCUGAACAUUUCGGAGAUGUCGUGUUUGCGCUGGAGUUCUGACAGCAAGCGGAAUAUGUCUGCCUUCAUGUUGGCAGCCGGGGCUGAGAGAGAAUAUGAAAGAGUUAGAGCAAACAAUGUGUUUUUUUUUUCUACAAGAUGUGAAAAAGUGAGGGGGGGGGGGGUUGAGGUCGUCUCCAGCAGCAGCAACACGAUCCCAGUCUCACGUUUACAGUUUGUACAGAGAAGAGGUCACUUUCUUCUCGAGCGCUUUUGAAAUGGCAGCCUUCUGUUGACGGACUUUUUGUCAAGAAAAAGCUAGUUUAAAAUGUACAUAAUAUAUUGUAAGCACAUAUGUGUGUAUAUUUUUCCUUGUUGUUUUAACUGAGAUUCUAGUUUUGUUACUGAUGUUUUCCAAGAAAAGAAAAAAACAACAACAAAAGAUUUUUUUAAAAGUCCCCUGCAAACUGAGGCACUUUGUUAGCGCUCUUUCAGCGGACGGAAGGAAAAGAAAGACUUUUUGAUUUGCACUGAAAACUUGAAACAGGGAAGAGGCGGGAAACGCUCGUUUUGAUUUUCCAAAAGCUCGACCGGCCACUUUGAUGAAUUCACCAGCCAGCCACGAGCAAGAAGGAGAGGACUUUCCAGAUCAUGGCUGGGUCACCUUUCAAAAAGAGGCUCAGAGAGCGGACAAAUCAAAAGGUUAUUUUUCCUUCCCUGGUAACGGGUCCAUCCGGUGGAGAUCCUCGUGUGGAGUCAUGGACUGUGAGGUGGACGAAGCCUCUGAACCGAAGAGAAGAUGGCAAUGUGAAAAGUCUCGCCAACCAGCUGCUGCAGGAAGCCGACGACCAGUAUCCAGACCCAGUCCUUUUCUUUUUUACUUUUUGAACUUUAUUGCACUGACUUGGAAUACGUUCACAUUGAGCAGCAGCAUCUUUCUUUUUUUUUUGCCUUCUGUCCACACUUUGUUUUUCAUUCUUUUCCAGGUUAAUGUCCAGAAUUUUAGAUUUCCUACAUGAUCCGAGUUCAACGAAUAGUAACAAUCAAUACCUCUUUGAUACAGACAGUUAGUUCCUCUUGUUUUUACCAGCGUGCACACAGUUCUGCUACAGACAAAUCACUGCACACAUGCCAGGGCAUUUCUUAUAACAUUGACAAUAAGUAAAGCAUUAUGUAAGAUUUCUAAAAAACAGUUUGUCUGCUUGUACAAAAAACAUUCCUGCAUCUUAAUCAUCGCUGCUGACCCACCAGUUGCUGUGAACCUAUCAGAAACAACGCUGCUUCCUCUUGUUGGCUUGGUACCUUUGGGUCCAGACUCUGGUUAGGGAGCGUUCUGUUUUUAAAAAACCUUUAUUGAAUGUUUCAAAACAAAGGACAUUGCGUCCUUUUUAGACGCAAGGUGUGGUUAGAGUAAUGAUGCUCGUCAUUGUUUGAGAGUGUUUGGCAGAACAUUGAAAAAGACACUCCUCCGUCAUUUUUACCUGCAGUGCAGACGAUCAGCAGCAUCUUGGAUUUGAUGCGCUGCCGUUUUUAAUAGAAGAUGGUGUUUGACUUUCUUUUUUUUUUAAAGAUAUUUUUGGGGCCAUUUUUGCCUUUAUUGGAUAGGACAGCCGAAGAGAGAAAUAAAAUAUAUGGAGAGAGUGGGAGGAUGACAUGCAGCAAAGGGCCGAGGUCAGACUCGAACCCACGGCCGCUGCCAACGAGGACCAUGGCCUCUGUACACGGGGCGUGCGCCGUAACCACUAGGCUACCGGCGCCCCAUGUUUAAACAUUUUUAACAAUGGCAAGAAAAAAGGUCAGACAUCCACUCUGCUUUUCCAUCCUGGUUCUGUUCACGUUGACAUGAUUGGAUUUUUAGAUCAGGCGUUUGUUUUUGUUCUUCUGGUGCUGACGGCGAUGCUCAUGAAAACAUCAAUAGUCAAAAAAUACUCAAAGAAUGAAUCUGAGUUUAAUACGGGUGAUCUAAAUCUAAACUGUAUGUCUGUUUAGUUAUUACACACAGAUUGUAGGAGUUUUCUAUCGGCCUUUUUUUACAGCAGUUUUUGACUCAUUACCUCUUCAUGUUUACAGUCAGCUCUUCAUGUGUGGAAACAAACACACUCUGCACGGCUCGGUUAAUAAUUAGAGUAUAUUUGGCUUCAUGUCAACACGUUAGUCAUAAUUACAAUCUCUUUCAUUAGAUUUGAAAACACCCCUUUGUCACAAUAAGGACCAAAACUGAAUUAAUAUUAAUAAUAUUAAUUAAUGCACAGUACAUUUUCAAGACUUGGGAAGCAGAAUCUGUGCAUACUUGACUUAGGGAGCUGUAUGAUUUUCCAGUUGUGCUACAUUUGUUUCUGUUGUUUCCGUCAUUACAAACCGCAGCAGUGACUAUCGUGUUUCCAAAAGUACAGCUGCUUAGUUGUUGUCUUUCCUCUUCUGCAAACAUGAAGGCAAGGUUGGAGAAAGGGAAAUAAGCGCAGGAUUGGCAGAUGGUCUUGCUUCUGAUUAUGAUGAUUGAACAGUCAGUUACUAACAGUGAUUACUUGUGGCAGUACUCAUGAUCCAAUCCAUUGAAGAAAACCUCUGCACACCUGCAUGCGUCAGGUGCUUCAGAGGGAGGAGGUUAAAACUUAAAGACAAUGAGAGAGAGGCUCCCGCACUCUGUCUUCUAUGGUGGCCAGGAAGUGCAAACCAAAGUAACAAGAUGUGAAACACAGAAAAGUUGAUACAAAUUUACAAGUGCAAGAAUCUUGGCAGAAAGGGAAUUUGCCAAAUGCCAGAAGUGACCGAGUGAGCCGUCAAUUAGUUUGUUUUCGACGUAGAGACUGUGGGAAAUGUCUUAUACGGAGUAUAUGUUGACCCAAUGAUGUUUUUUCCAUUUUGGGGGACACACAUGAGACGGUUAACACAGUCUUUCCUGUCAAAACAAAUUAAUUGACGGCACACUCGGGUCACUGGAAUCUGCAAAAGUCUGCCGGUUGUAAAUUUGUAUCUGCGCUCAUACAAGUGUGUUGCAUCUUGUAAAUGUGUCUCAAGCGUUGCAAAAGUUUUCACACUUUGUAAAUUUAGUCUGCACUUCCGAGCCACCGUAGCCUCACUUCAUGCUGAUACAGUUUAUCAGAGCAUACAACGUUUCAGUCUGAUAUACUGAAUGUACCUGAGAUGUGCGGGAGCCUUUCUCAUUGCCUUUAAAUUCUCAUAAUCCAAAAACAAUGACUCGAUCAGCACUUAACUGCAGCAGCCUGGACACAAUGAAUAAUAAUAAUCUUGUAUUAUCGAGCAAUAGAAACGGAAACAAAACUCGGUGAAGGAGGACUCAAAUGGACAACAAGUUAAUCACAUAAAACGAGGAUGGAGAAAAACAUUUCAUGACACUCCUCUGAAGAUGUUUGAUGUGAGGCCCGUUUAGUUUUUACUAAAUGGAUAAGUUGAGAAAGUACAAGAGAUUUAGGGGUUUGAUUUUGGAUGCAGAUCUAAAAAAAAAAAACAGUUGUGUGGACGCAUUUUGUUUUUAAAAUGGAUUUUAAAAAUCGUACGGCUUCAUGUGAACGUAAUCUUUCUGUGUCUGUAUUUUUGCAUUAUGUUUAAAGGGGACUUACUUCAGCACAUGACUUCACAUGCAUCUUUCUUUACCUUUUCUAUUGUCCAGGAUGCUUUGAAGCACGGCAUUAACAUAUUCCAAGAGUACAGUGUGUGUUGAAUGUGGCACCGGUGAUCUUGUGAUUACAGAAUGUACCAUGUAUGUGGUUUUUUUUUGUUUUUGUUUUUUUACGUUGAAUGGUUUCUGGGAUGCAGGCAGCUGCUGGAUCUCGUAUCUUGACCUCUGUGACGUCACGUUAAUGGAAACUUGUAUUACUGUACCAAGAGCGGCCCAUGUUAUUGCAGUGUUUUAAAAGGAUUAAGUCAAGUUAUGGUGAGGCUGUGAUGAGCUCACACCCAUGAUACAAUUUGGUUUAAAAAAACAAAAAACAAGAUUAUUUUAUGAAGCGUUUCAUAUCUAAAUUAAAAAUGACAUUAAAAUAUUGGCUACCCUUA